AUGAUGAUUGAGAAAGCAACGGAACCACUGGAUCAGCUAGAGUUGAUCGAUAACUUGCAAAGGCUAGGGGUUUCUUAUCACUUUGAGGAUGAAAUCAAGAGGAUUUUGGAGAACAUUUACAGCAAUAAUAAGUGGCAGAAAGAAGAUUUAUAUGCCGCUGCUCUUCGAUUUAGACUCCUGAGACAGCAUGGUUACGACGUUCCUCAAGUGGUAGGUGAAAGUAUCUUGGAGAGGGCAAGAGAAUUCACCACCAAACUUUUGAAGGAGAAGCUUGAUGAGCAGAAAAUGGAUCAAAAUGUUGAUGUUUUAGUGCACCAUGCCUUGAAGCUUCCUCUACAUUGGAGGAUGCUAAGGUUGGAAGCAAGGUGGUUCAUAGACUUGUACGAGAAAAGACCAGACAUGAAUCUUGUAUUACUGGAAUUUGUGAAAUUGGACUUCAACAUAGUGCAAGCAACACAUCAGAGUGAUCUAAGAUUUGUCUCAAAGUAA